AUGGCUCCUUGCUCCUCCAACUACUCCUCUAUUCACCUCAAUAGGAUCUUUGAGAAAGAAACCAUCAAAAUGAGAAAACCUAUUGUGGAGAAGUUGCGCAGAGAUCGCAUCAACAGCUGCAUCGAGCAACUGAAGAUCAUCUUGGAAAAGGAGUUCCACAAGCAUGAGCCCAACUCCAAGCUGGAGAAAGCCGACAUCCUGGAGAUGACUGUGAGCUUCCUGAGUCAGCAGCUGCAGUCGGGCCUCUGUAAGAGCGACAGCAACCAAGGCUACUCUAACUGCUGGAGGGACUCUGUGCACUUCAUGUCUGCUGGAUCCAACACAGAGGCCUCUGUCACUCCUCUGCAGGGCCUCCAGCAGCCGAAGCAGCAGCUCCAUCAGGCCCAGAGAGCCGGCAGCUCCUCCCCAGUCUGCUCCACCCUCAGGCCCACAGUGCUGCAGGGCAGCAGCAGCAGCAGAGGCCCAGUGUGGAGGCCUUGGUAG